AUGGGUGACGAUGUGAUGUUAAAACUCAGAAUUCAGUUUGGUGGUACUAUGAAGAAGGAGAAUGAGAGUUACAGUUAUGUUGAGAAAUUGGGUACUCUCAACGUCAACUGGAAACAGUCAGAGACUACAUGGGAGAGGUUUGAAAGCUUCCUUAAGAACGAAUGUCAUAUUAGUACACCGAUUAGGUUUAUCUGGUACAAAGAAGUAGGGGAAGAGAUGAAAAGCAUAGACUAUGCGAUAGAUACCGAAGAUUUGCUCUGUUUGGCUGCAAAAAAAUUAUCAGGGGAGCUCGAUGUGUUUAUCGAUCACGAAUGCUCAGAACAUAUACCUGGAUAUACGAACACAUAUCUCCUCACAAGAAAUCAAGUUGAAGAUAUGAAUUGGCAUGAAGAUGAUAUUGCAGCUGGAUAUGAGGGUGGUCAAGAAGAUGAAGAGGACAUGGAUGAGACUAAAGAUAGUGAUGAUGAUGAUAUUGACAGACCGAAAGAAGAUGAAGAACCUGAAGAAUCGGAGGAUGAAAUCAAUAAAAGCGAGAAUGUUGCUGAGAAUCAAUGUGAUGGUGUGGCUGAUAAUCAAGGAGACAUGGCUGAGAAUCAAGGAGAUAGGUCUGUGGAAGGAGAUGAGGCUUGCGAAGGAGGUGCUCCUGUGUUGAAUACAGUGGAUGAAGGAGAUGAGGUUGUAGUAGAUGCAGGAGAUGGACGCAGCGAUGCUAGAUUUAAGGAGGUAUUUGAGGAAGGGACAUCAGUACAUCCAGAGAAAGAAGCCUCUUCUAGUGUGUAUGAAGUGGUUGAGUUUGGUUGUGGGUAUACAGUCAAUUUGUCCACACACCAAUGUGCGUGUAAGAAGUGGGAUCUUACAGGGAUACCAUGCAAAUAUGCUGUAUGUGUCUUAGAUGAUAAUCGAGAGGACCCGGUGCUAUAUGUUGCUGAGUAUUACUACACUCAUGUCUUGAAGAACACAUAUAAAGACAACAUCAAACCUAUUAAUACUAACAAGCCUCCAAUAGGAAUACCCGACGUACGGAAGCCUCGAGGUCGACCUAAGAACAGAGAUAGAAUCAUGAAGCCUUUUGAAUCACUACAGAAUGCAGGAAAAGCAACAAGACAUGGCAGGAUACCACAUUGUAGCCGCUGUGGUCAAGCUGGAUACAUUAAUAGAGGAUGUGAAAAUGAGCCGGUUGUUGUUGAAGGACCAAAGAACAAGCGUGGUAGACCUCGUAAGCAUCCAGCUGAGGUUAAUCCGAACCCGAAGCCUCCACCAAAGCCUAGGAAAAAACAUGCUCCUUCUGCAACAAGUUCUCAAGCCGUAGAAACAAGUUCGCAACCUGCUCCUCCUGCAACAAGUUCUCAAGCCGAACAAACAGAAACUUCAAGUGCUCCUCAGGCAUCAGCAUCAUCAAGUCAACCACCAAAGCCACAUGCAAAAAAGGCUCCACGAGGAAAGCCAUUGAAGAUCAGAAAAACAGGUAACAUCCCACAUGGUAUUGGAACGCUUUGGAGUCCAUUCACAGACAGACCUUUCAAGGUGUUUGGAAACCGUUUCUAUGACAGGUCUACUUCAAACCCACAACCUCCAGAAGAGUGA